CAUCUGUGGGCUAGCGUUCACCGCCAUCAUAACUCUGCCAGCGGUACGUCGACAGAUGAUACCUGCGUCGGUUUCAGUCAGUAUAAGAGACGGUUCACCCCCAUUCAGCUCACCAACCCACCACAGCUUCUCCGAUAAAUUCGGGAGGACUUCUCACCUCUCCUCCGAAGAGGUGACCGAGAGCAGAGAAGAGAGGGAAAACUUGAGAAACAGAGAUUUCUCUCCUCUGCUUGACUCAAGUGGGGACGAAAGUGUCCCAUACUCGCCCACUCUCUGGAAACCAGAGACUACUUGCUACAGUGACACGCGCGGCUACCUCGCGAGGCUUGCGUCCAUAGCUUGGAACAACCGCCAACUCCUGGUGUGCAUGUUUGUCCUCAAUUUCUUCAGUGACGGAGCUAUACCGUCCACCUCGGCCUACAUCUUCAAGCCUUACGGGAACACCGUUUAUACACUGGCUGCAAAUAAUAUUGAUUGCAGUGUUGACGUCCAUUGCUUCACUGUUGGGUAUCUAUCUACUGGUCUGUGCUGCUCUCUCACCUGAUCCACCUCUCAGAGACUAUUUGGCCGGGAAAGUCAUCGUUGUGGUAGUGUAUGUGGUGUUCAACGGAGUGGUGGCCUACUCUAAGGUUGGACUGGUGAUCCUUCUCCACGGACAGGGCUCCGAACGAGACUCCGCCCUCUUCCUGGUGGGCGUGGUCAUACAGCUGGGCUCGUUUGUUGGUGCCGUCGUAUUCUUCUGUCUUGUCUACUUCGCAAAUAUCUUCAGCAGUUGACAGCAAUCUCAUUUCAUCAUUCUCCAUGUGCAGUGUGUGAAAAUAUUUGGCAGAAAUUUGUUUAGUUUUUGUUUCACAAUCCUCGUCUGAAUUUUGUCACACUACAACAAUCAAACAUGAAUUUUUCAGAUUUCGGUUAAAAUAAGACGGAUCACAUGAUGGUUCUUGAAUACAACACCACGCGCAAGAUCAUAAAAUAAAUACAUUGAAGAUGUGGUGCUACACACAUAAUACACAAACCAGCAAAGGCUCUCAAUCAACAAAAAAGUAAACCGCAAAAAUAAAGAGACGGGAAUUGCAGAGGGAGGGGUUAGAUGGUCACACAGACGGUAGGGAAAAAGAUGAAGGGAGAGGAGGGGCAGAGAAAUCAAUUAGAUUACUAUUCUGCCGCACUUCGUCAGGGGUUCCCGAUGUGGAAGGGGGCGUGGCAUGGUGCUCACUAAUUGGAGGUGGGGAGAGCCCCUCGACCAUGCUGACACGAGCCUCGAUGACCCCGACCUCUUGCUGGGAGGGGCUGGGGGUGUGGUCUGGUGGGUUGGCAAGCUCUAACGGUACCAGCUGUUGGACAGCCACAGGGCCCUCGUUGGCGGAACCUUUAUCACCCUCUGUAAGGGUAGCGCUAGACUGAGAAGAUGGGUGUGGCUCAGAAGUUGCCCCGCCCUCUUCCUCGUUCGUGAUGACCUCUCCCUGGGUAAUAGUGACGGUCACGUCUGGCACAUCUGCCACAUUCUCGACAAUGACCACCCGCCUUCUCCUCCUUCGCUCUCUCUCUGCCGACCCUCCCCUCGUCCUCC